AUGUCGCAGACGAGUCCCAACCCGGUGCUGCUCUGGGUCUACAGGGCUGCCAUUGUCGUAGCUGAUACUUGGUCUUGGUUCUUCCCCUCUCGCAGGUCCUUGCCUGCCUCGAGAGAAGUGGAUAUUGACGCCGAGAGAGACGAGCAACUGCUCGCCCGUUGCAUGUCUGUCUCUGACGAAGACUGGUCACCCUCAUCUAGUUGGGACAAAUGUGCAGUCGAAACGGGUUGGUCGCCAGAAGCGCAGGCCCAGGAACUUGUUUGCCUUCAGACCAACAUCCCAGUCCCAGUCAUCCGGCAAGUGCUCCCCAUGGAUGACCUGUGUGUGCUUGUUAUGGACUACAUACCUGGCCGCACUUUGUCGACUGUAUGGCACACCAUGUCGAUCUGGCAAAAAAUCAGUACCGCUGUUACCUUACGUCGAUAUGUUCGCGAGCUUCGCUCCAUCCAUCACCCGAGAGGUGACAUACCUGGUCCCUUAGGAGAGGGCCGGGAGCCACUCCCAUGUAUCUCGUCGGUCCUCUUUACAGUUGAAUGGGGCCCCUUUCCCUCCCAACACGACUUCAUUCAAUUCUUCCACACGGCUAAGGAGAAAGCCGCCCAGCCCGGUGGUGUUGCGCUGGCGUGGCCUUCACGAAAGGAAGCUGGUGCGCUGGUAUUCUCACAUGUUGACCUUGCUAUGUGCAAUCUUGUGGUUGGGGAUGAUGGGCAACUAUGGUUGAUAGAUUUUGGGGAGGCCGGGUUUUAUCCACCAUGGUUCGAGUUUGUUAACAUGCUAGGGGACCAAAUCGUUGCUGCAUGGGGUAAAGAACGUGACGCGAUCUGGCGAGCGCUGAUACCUUUCAUAUGUGAUCCAUACGUCGAGUUGUAUAACUACAUAACAACCAUACCUCCGUACUGCCUGUAA